CAUUGUUUACAAAAAAUUCGGAGGUAUUCUGUUUCGAACUUUUUUAUCGGUUCAAAAAUGGAAGAGAAAGUGUGUCGCACUUGCGGCAAGCGCACGAAUGCUGAAAGAUCAUUGAAUAUAUUUGAAAAGCGCAAUCAAACUACGCUGGAACACAUCAAACUAUUAACUGGAGCUGCGUUAAACAACUGUAAUACUUUGCCAAAUCGACUAUGUGCGUCCUGCCAAACUUGUGUGCAACAAGCCAUAUCCUUUCGGGAACGCUGUUUGGAAGUCCAAAGGGAGUUGCUCCAUUCCCAGGAGGAUGAAGACUUCCUUAAAAUCUGCCAGGAAUCUCCCAAAAAUGCCCUUGAGCCGGAGGAGCAACUGGAUCCGGCAGAAAUAAGCAUAAAAGUCGAGCGAUUAGACGAUCUCAAUGAAGUUUCCAUCCAAAGCUCCGGUUUUAAAUUGGAAGACAUUCUUACUGAAUCUAAAAUCAACGAAGACGAGCCCAAAAAUGAGGAUGAUAUUGAUUAUAGUGACAUGGAUUACCUUAUUUACGAAAGCGAUACUGAAGUAGAUGCAAAGCAGGAACUCAAAUCAGACUCUGAAAAUCCCAAAAAAAGGAGAAAACGUAUGAACCCCCGCGACUCCAAUAGGACCUACUUUUGCGAGGAGUGCGGAAAUCACAUAAAAGAUCGAAUGUCAUUCGUACUGCAUUGUAAGCGACAUCGCGGCGUCAAGGAGUUUGGAUGCGAAUUCUGUGAGGAUCGCUUCUGCACGCCGGCGGAACUUAAGCGCCACAUUCGCAAGCAUACUGGGGAAAAGCCCUUCAAGUGCAGACACUGUUCCCGCAGCUUUUCGGACUACAGUACUCGGCUGAAGCACGAGCGGACUCACACGAACGAACGACCUUUUGUCUGCAAGGAGUGCAACAAUGCCUUCACAACAUCCUAUAUUCUUAAGAACCACAUGCUCGUGCAUACCGGGGAGAAGGCUUUUAGGUGCGACCCGUGCGAUAAGUCAUUCAGUCGCUGCACACACCUUACUACCCAUUAUCGUUCAAAUGCUCACAGGCGAAAUAUGCAGAAAGCAAACACAAUUAUUGAUAAAACGCUAAAAGAUAUCACUUAAAAAGCUCUUAGUUAAAAACG